AAAAUUGCUUUUAGGUCAGUUUUGACACACCGCUACUUUAAAACCAUCUUGACUGAUUUUACCCGUUUUCGUAUCGUGAAAAACCACCUUUAAAGACAUAAUAUUGGAAUGUAAAAUUUAAAGAUACCUAAUAUUUGUCGUUAAAUCAGAUAAUAAUAGUAAUACGAAGUCAAUAAUAAUAAUAACAAUAAAGCAUUCAACAAUAUUACACCAGGAUAAUAACAUAAAUUUUCCUUCUGUUAAAAUAGACCACACUAAAUAAACUUUUGAAUUCUAUUGUAUCUAAUUUAAUUUAAUGAAUGGAAAAGCAAUUAAAAAAUAUAUCUAACCACAGUGUUAUGGUUUUAAAAACCUUAAAAAGAUAUAGAGAGGACGCUAUUAAACUGUGUGAUUUGGUAUUACAAGUUGAAGAGCAGGUAUUUCCAGUACACCGUUCAGUUCUUGCUGCAUGCAGUCAAUAUUUUUAUGCAAUGUUUGCUGGAGAACUGAAAGAAAGUAGCCAGUCAACGGUUGUAUUAAAUGAUGUUAAAGCAAAUAUUCUAAAACAAUUAUUAGAUUUUGCGUAUGAUGGUGAAAUAGAAAUACAUUCUCAAAAUGUUGAAGACAUUCUGCGUCUAGCUACGCAAUUACAGUUUAUUCAGGUUUGUGAUAUAUGUUGUAACUUUCUUGAGCAACAAUUGGAUACCAUGAAUUGUAUUAACAUUCGCAGCUUUGCAACUCUUUAUAACUGUAUAUCUUUUGCUUCAAAGAUUGAUAUAUUUAUGGAAAAUAACUUUAAAGAUGUUAUUAAUUCAGAUGAAUUUAAAAACUUACCAUUUCCUGUGCUUAAAAGUCUUAUUUCCAGUCAUAAAUUAAAUGUAGUUUUAGAACAAGAUGUUUACAAUGCGGUCAUAAAAUGGGUUAAAUUUGAUCUUAAUCAAAGGCGCAAUCAAUUUUUUGCUUUACUUAAUGAAGUAAAACUGCCUUUGUUAUCAAAAAAAUUUAUAAUGCAACAUAUAAUUAAUGAAGAGCUCAUAAAAUCUGAAAUAAGUUGUAGAGAUUUGUUAGAUGAGGCAAAAAAUUAUCAUUUGUAUCCAAAAUUGAGAGCUAUUUUUCGAUCCAAACGAACCAUACCUCGAUAUUCAACAGUAGGCUUAUUGUUUGCAAUUGGUGGUAAAGAAACUGGGGAGCAAAUUACUAACAAAGUAGAAUUUUAUAGCAUGUUUGAUAACUCAUGGAAAUCAUUAACAUCAUUGUGGUCUCCUAGGCAACAAUUAGGUGUAUGUGUAUUAAAAAGUAAAAUAUAUGCUAUUGCUGGUUCAGAUGGAGAUAACCGUUUAAAUUCUGUUGAAGUUUUUGAUUGGAACACAAACUCUUGGAACCAUUCAACACCUUUGCAGACUUGUCGUUCUGGAGUGGGUGUUGGUGCACUGAGAGGAUCUAUAUAUGCUUUGGGUGGGUACGAUGGGCAUCAUUGUCUCAGCUCUGUGGAGCGCUUUAAUCCUAUUGAUAAUAAGUGGCAUUUUAUUGCUUCAAUGAAUUUUGCAAGAAGUUUCCCAGGUGUUGCAUCAUUAAAUGAUUUACUUUAUGUUAUUGGUGGGAAUGAUGGAAGCACAUUUCUUGACACAUGUGAAUGUUAUGAUCCUCAUACAGAUAAAUGGUGUACAAUAAAUUCCAUGAAUAAUGGCCGUGCUGGGGUUGGUUGCGCUGUGCUUGAUGGAUGUUUGUAUGUAGCAGGUGGCUACGAUGGAAUCAAGCGUUUAAAUUUGGUUGAAAAAUACGAUCCAAAUACUGACACAUGGGUUUGUCUUUCUCCGAUGACAUCAUGUCGUGAUGGCGUAUCUUUGGCAUCUUAUGGUGGCUAUAUUUUUGCGAUUGGUGGAAUUGAUGGACCCUCUUAUUUAAAUAGUGUAGAAUACUAUGACCCUUCAAACGACACUUGGAUGCCUUCUCAAGAAAUGAUUACAUCCCGUGCUGCUUGUGGUGUAGCUGUUCUUGGCAACAAAGAUAUUAUAAACAAACGAUAAUUACCUAUUACCUUUAAAAGUUGUCAUUACCAUCUUUCGAGAUCGAACAAUUAAACCCUUGAACAGUGAUUAGCAUUUUGGUUGUCGUUUCAUAUUUCGCAAACAGUAUUAGUAUAUUAACGAUAUUAGUAUAUAAACAAUAUUAGUGUAUAGGAUAAUAGUCAAAAUUUUUAAAAUCGAGUUUUUUCAUCUUUAUUAUUUUUUGAA